AUGCUCGCACUGCAAGUCGGCGAACUUAGUGAGAACAAGAUUGACCGCAUCGAAAAGUCCUUACAGAACAUUGAGCACCUACUGAGAAAUCGCCCCGAGGACACAUCGCCUUUCCAGACGCCGUCCUCGACAGAGUCACACAGUGGCGGCAGAGACGUAAGAGGUGACUACCUCUCGGUCGAACAACUCGAAGACAGUUCAGGAGCGACGACGCCAUUCGCUGGUUUCACUGGUCACCAGAGAGACUCCCUGGCAGCAAAGGAUGUUCUUGAGCAGACAGUCGAGAGCAACCUCGUGGUAAGACAGGAUCAGCAGUUCAGCGAAGCUCUGUCGUCGUUGUGGGCAAUACUUGGAAGGCUGAGGGACGAUGUUGCUGGUCCUUCCGUACCACCAUCCGAAGGUCGAGGCGCAGCAAAGCAAGCAGCUGAGGCAUCGCUGCCCAGCUGGGAGGGUGUAGAGGAGAUUCUUCACAAGACAGAAGGCAAGCCUAUGAUGUGCGUACCUUCAAUGUUUCUCCUGUGCUUGCCAUGCGUCAAGCUACCUACUUUUGUACGAAAGGCUAGAGCGCUGUACACUAGUGGCCACGUCGCAGCGCCUUGCGACCAAUUGCUAGUAUUUUCGGGACUUUACUGCUUGUGCGAAGAGUUCAGUGCGACAGCAGAAGAGCAGGCUUCCGCAGAAAAGUAUGAUCGCAUGGCGCGUGAUCUUAAGUACUGGGUUCUUCGCGCGGUAUCUAGCUUCGCCCUCCUGGCGCUGCCCACAAGGGAUAACAUCGAAGCAUUGGUAGCUGGGGCAUCUGUGAUGGUCGACAUGUGCAAACCAAGCCUGUCAUGGACACUAUCUGCGACGGCAAGCAGACUAUGCCAAAUUGCUGGCUGGAACCGACUGUCAGCCCUGGCACACGACUCGAAGAUCGAGCGGAAUGAGAAAGUGGCUCUGUUCUGGUGUGCGUAUGGCCUGGACAGGAACGCUUCACUCCGACUCGGGCGUGCCCCUUGCAUCCAAGACUUCGAUAUCGACGUGCCGAGACCACAGCCAUUAGAUCAGUUCGACGAAGCCUCCUUGUUUCUGCUCAACUUCUGGAUCGACGUCGCGAAGGUCCAAGGUCAAGUCUGUUCCAGCUUGUUCAGUCCAGGCGCCUUGAGACAGCCUCAAGAUACGCGGACUCGUUUGGCCGAGACGUUGGCCAUUGAGCUCAACAAGAUCUGGACGGCUAGGGAGGAGAACAACCAUGUCUCAGCGCCGUUGUUCACCACCCAAAAUCAAGCUUCAUUGUUUUGCAAUGCUGAUAUUUGCCUAGCGGGCGACCGAGUGAUGUACUACAGCACGCUAACCACCAUACUGCACGCUGUUCCUCCAACAGAUGGAUCUGCGUCGCCAGCACUCGAAGCUGCACGAGCAUGUCUGCAAGCAUGUCAUUCCCUAGCGAGAGGGCAGGUGUCCAACAUAUACUCUUGGACAGCGUACUGUCAUUGGAUAAUCUUGCACACCCCUCUUACGCCCUUUACCGUCGUCUUCUGCCACAUCAUUGCGAAUCACAACAGUUCUCAACAGGAUCUCAAGCUCCUGGACGACUUCCUGGACAGCCUAAGGCCUGCAGCAGGCUUGUCUGAGGGUGUCGAGAAGUUCUUGAGUCUAUGUUCGGUGUUCGUCAAAGUGGCGAAGGCUUACGUCCGCGCGAAAGCUCAGGAAGAGAUUUCUUACUCACAGAGUGCGGACAUGCAAUUCAGCCAACCACAGCCUAUGCAGCCUGUCCUGGGCCAGUUCGAUGGAUAUCUGUCAGCGUUGGGGUUUGCUCCUCAUAACACCGCCGAUCAGAUCGAUCUCGACUGGUAUAACGGCAAUGUCAAUUUGCUCAAUAUGAUGGAGCAGGAUAUCAACGACCCCAAUGAUCCGAUGUGGGAUUACAACUAUAUGCCAGGCCCGCAGCAGUCGUGA